AUGAGUAUUCCAGCAGCACAAACAGAGCAUUCACUUGGCAUUGCAAAGGAAUUAGCCGAAAAAUUUCUUCCUCUUAUGAAUACAGACAAAGAAGCAAUGACUAAUUACUUCGGAGAAAAUGCAACUUUAGUAUUUCAAGGAAGGAAAAUAGAAGGAGUUCAAGAAAUUCACGACUUUCUUGCAGAUUUAGGAGAAAUUCAGUUAUCUGUUUCUUCUUAUGAUGUUCAGACAAUUCAAUCGGCUAGAUCAUGGACAAUGGUUGUUAUUACAGGAAUUGUUUUAUUAGGAGGAUCUGUAGCGAAUGAUUUUCAUUGUAGUCUAUACGUAGAAGCUAACGAAUCUAACCAAGUUGCCUUUAUUAGAUUUAUGACCUUUAAUUACUUUUAG